AAACCCAACAGACAUAUGAACAUGUCUGCUACAGUGUGAAAAAAGAGAGAUGGAGAGAAAAUAAAAACGGGAGGGCCCCAUGAAGCUUACUAAGAGGAAUUGCUAAUGAGAACAAAGUGGCUAUGCUUUUAUCCCGAGCAAUGCUUGUUCUUGCUUGGAGACCCCACAUUUUGGAACAGGAGAAACUCAUCGUGAAGAUAUGGAAAAUUUGUGAAUGAUUACAGUUGCACCCACAUAAAAAGUCAUAUCCACUCCACAAGAGGUUUUCAGUGAUAGGAAUAGGAGAAUUUUCUGCUCCUCAAGAGGAAAGAAAUAAAGAGUCUUGGUAUUUGUGCACAUUCACUGAUGAAAUCCAGCCAAAGUUGCACGUUCUUGGUUUUGGUAACUGAUAUUAUAAAGAAUGUUUGCUGGUUCCAAGGCUAUUCCAUCUGAAUUUAAUGAAUGACAGCACUGCACUUGUUCCAAUGCACCAAGUUCUCUGAAACGGUGGCUCUUGUCCUUUUUCUUUUAUUAUUUUUAUGGGAUUUCAAAAAUUGGAUGUUUGGAAUUAGAUAACCACAAGCUUAUCAUCUUUGUGUAUAAGAGGAUGAUGCUUAUGGGCAAUUUUUCAGAUCACGGACAUUGAAGUUGACCUAUGUGGUGAUUUUCUUAAAUGGCCAAAAAGAAGAGCUGGUUUAGUCUGGUGAAGAGGCUCUUUAUAUGGGACACACAUUCCACACAAGAUAAGGUGAAGGAGAAAAGAAGGAAAUGGAUAUUUGGAAGGCUAAAGAGCAAGAGAAUACCUUCAAUUAAAGCUCCACUACCAUCAAAAGAAACAAUACUAAGUGAAGCAGAGGAAGAACAGAGCAAGCAUGCUUUAACAGUGGCCAUUGCCUCAGCAGCAGCUGCUGAAGCUGCUGUUACUGUUGCUCAUGCUGCUGCGGAGGUUGUUCGCCUCACUGGGGAACGCAAGGAAAACUCAGAAGAAUCUCAACCUGUUAAAACUAGGAAUGGUGCUCCUCAAUCCACAUACCAGUGCCAGAGGGAGAUUAAAGAAUCUGCUGCCGCCAUCAAAAUUCAAACUGCAUUUCGGGGUUACCUGGCAAAGAAGGCUUUGAGGGCAUUGAAGGGAAUAGUGAAGCUUCAAGCUAUCAUUCGUGGCCGAGCAGUAAGACGCCAAGCUAUGAGUACUCUUAAGUGCUUACAGUCCAUUGUGAGUAUCCAGUCACAGGUCUGUGCAAGGAGGCUCCAAAUGGUUGAAGGGAGAUGUGAUUACUCUGAAAAUGAAGACAUGCAAGAUUCUAAAGACAAAAUAAUUAGGAUGGACUCGAACAGUGAAAGAAAGUGGGAUGAAAGCACUGUAUUGAAGGAAGAGGUAGACACCUCCUGCACUAGCAAGAAAGAAACAAUUCUCAAGAGAGAAAGAAUAAAAGAAUACUCAUUUAACCAUAGAAGGUCAGCAGAGUCAGAAAGAAGUAAGGUAAAUGGAAGAUGGAGGUACUGGCUAGAGCAGUGGGUAGAUACACAACUUUCAAAGAGUAAAGAGCUUGAAGAUUUAGACUCAGUUUUUAGCUCACAUUCUAGGGCUGGGGAGGAAUAUGGAGGAAGACAACUUAAGCUGACAAGUAUUAACAAUCAGAGACAAAGUCCAGUUGAAGGAUUGGAUUCUCCUACACUUGGUUCAAGAAGAUCUUUUCCUCAUAGGAGGCAGUGUUCAGUGGGAGAAGACCACUCAUUUUCAAGCUCUCCUGCAACUCCAGCAUACAUGGCUGCAACAGAAUCAGCAAAAGCAAAAGCAAGAUCAACAAGCUCCCCAAAAAUAAGGACUGGGGGGAAUGUGGACAUGAACUCUGAUAGCUAUUCACCAUGCAAGAAAAAGCUAUCAAUUUCAUCUUCUAUUAACAGUGAAGUGCUUAAUAGUGGUAGGAUGGGCAAGCUCAGUAGUAGUAACCAGCAGCAAAGAUCUCCAAGCUUUAAGGGCCUUUCAGUGCCUAUAAAAUCAAGCAGAACUACUAUCAAGGAUCUCAGUAUUAAUUCAGAUUGCUCACUGCCUAAUUGGGAUCGACAAGCUUCCUUCAAAUGAAUCUAUGAAUGCUCAUGUUACUCUUGCUUGCAUUAACACAAUUCCUUGUAUCAUGUGAAGGCUUCAAAGCAAGAACUGUUUAUAACUAUGUAUGAUUAUACUUUAUGCUAUUGGAUGUUAUUUUGGUUGGGAAUUGAGCAUUAAUGUGACAUAAAGUAGUUAAUUCCUUGAUA